AUGGAUGCUCAUAAUUCCACAACUCUAUCGACUCUAACCACAAAAGCUACGAUUCAAACUACAAGUGUGACCCCAGUUUUUGAAACUACGACCACACGUGUCGGAACCACAACCACUGUCAUCUGGACUCCCAGUUCAUCACAAGCAAGUAGCAAUAUUCCGGAGAAAAGACUUCCUGUAGUGGAGCAAGUCACACAUGAGCGUUUCGCUAGUAUUUCUUCUUCGGUUAUCCUAGCUUUUUAUAUUAUGGCUUUCAUUUCCUGCUGUAUUCCUUGCACAACUCGGAGCGAUACGAAAUUCAUGAAGUUAUUCGAUCCAUCGGUGUCUGGUUUGACUAGAGGGUGUCGUAUUCGGCUAACAACGGUGCAGACAACCGCUUCUUUCACAGAAGGCCUUGUUGAAAUGGCUGUUAUGCUUUUAUCUCUGGAUCGUAACGCCUCCUCAAGUCUGUUCCUGCACUGCGCUAUCAUCACAGUUACUCGAACUUUGGUUGUAAUGUGGUAUGUUUUGGCUAUUUUCCUAAGUUCACAUUCUCAGUGA